UUGGAAAAGACAAGGUCCCAAAGACCAAGCUCUAGAUUCAUUAACACACACAUUCACACACACACCAUCUUCAACCUCUCUCUUAAUCUCAAUGGACUUUUUCCAGAAAGCCAAAGCCGUUCGUUUACGGAGCCACCACGACAAGUACCUAAUCGCCGACGAAGACGAAGAGUCCGUCACUCAAGAACGCAACGGCUCGGCAGGCGCAGCCAAAUGGACCGUGGAGCCAGUCCCAGGCUCCUCCAAUCUCAUCCGCCUCAAAAGCGCUUACGGCAAAUACUUAACGGCGUCAAACAAACCGUUUCUCCUCGGAGCCACCGGAAGAAAAGUCCUGCAGACCAAUCCGAGCCGUCUCGACUCGUCUCUCGCUUGGGAACCCAUCAGGGACGGUGCUUUGGUCAAGCUCAAGACACGUUACGGUCACUUCCUUCGCGGUAACGGUGGCUUGCCUCCGUGGAGAAACUCCGUCACUCACGAUAUUCCUCACAGAUCGGCGACUCAGGAUUGGAUUCUUUGGCACGUCGACGUCGUCGAGAUUCUCACCGAUCAACACCAGCUCCAGCAGAAGCAGCAGGAGCCUCCGUCUCCGCUUCAUCAUUCUGAUUCUCUGGAUUUCGAACCUGGAUCUCCUUCUAGAUCUAACCGUUUCUUCAGACAGGAGUCAACGGAUUCAGUAGCGGUCGGAUCGCCGCCUAAAUCGGAAGGGAGAGUGAUAUACUACCACGUGGCGGAUGAUGAGGGUGAAGUUGAGGAUGAUUCAGUUGAGGUGAAGUCGUUUACUUUCAAAGGCAAUGGGGUUGAAGAGCUGACUAAGAGGUUGAAAGAAGAGAGCAAUGUGGAUGAUGUUAUCGUUUGUACUCGUAGUCCUUUGAACGGCAAGCUUUUCCCUUUGCGUCUUCAGCUUCCGCCCAAUAAUGCCGACAUGACUGUUGUUUUAGUUCCAGUCUCAUCGAAAAUAGCAGAAGGGUUCAUCAAGUGAGAGAUGUGUAUGUUUGAAGCUUGAGCCGUGAAAGUGAAGGCUAUAGCUGGAAAUGAUUUGUUGUUAAUUCAGUGGAUUUGCCUUAGAGAUAUGCUGCUUGAUUAUUUAAACAUUUAUGAAUUAUACAAAAUAUUGUUUGCAGCGGUUAGUGAUUCUCGCUGCCUAUUAAUACAAUCUUUUUACCUGCUC